GUACAAGGUCUUUGUGCCUAGCUUCACUUACAGGGUUUCAGCACAGCUGGUGUGUGUGGGGGGCCGUGGGGUAUCUGCCUGCCCCCUGACACUGCGCCUACGUCCUAAGGCCCCACCUCUGCACAACUCAAGCUCUGUGGCCUGUGGAAGUGCCUCACUAUGCCAGCUGGAGCUGGCACUGCCCCCCUGGGGGCACUGGGUCUACGUGCGUGUGGAGACACCAUCCCGGGGUCCUGGCAGGACCAUCCGCUUCCAGCUGUGUGUGCAGUUGCAAGAGUGCCCACGUCCCAGCCUGUCCCGUGCCCUGGUUCCUGGAGCUGCCAUGAACAUGCCCCAGUCACUGGGCAACCAGCCACUGCCCCCAGAGCCACCAUCCCUUGGGACCCCUUUGGAGGGGUCUGGAGUGACAUCCCCACCUGAACACUGCUGGCCAGUACGCCCAACUCUGCGUAAUGAGCUGGACACCUUCUCUGUCCACUUCUACAUCUUCUUUGGCCCCAGCGUGGCCCUCCCCUCUGAGCGCCCAGCUGUGUUUGCCAUGAGGCUGUUGCCAGUGCUGGACAGUGGAGGUGUGCUCAGCUUGGAGCUCCAGCUCAAUGCGAACUCUGUGCGCCAGGAAAACGUGACAGUGUUUGGAUGCUUGACUCAUGAGGUGCCCUUGAGCCUGGGGGAUGCAGCAGUCACCUGUUCCAAAGAGUCCCUGGCAGGUUUCCUCCUCUCUGUCAGUGCCACCUCCAGAAUGGCCAGGCUGCGAAUCCCUUUCCCGCAGACGGGGACCUGGUUCCUGACCCUCCGUUCCCUGUGUGGGGUGGGGCCUCGGUUCGUGCAAUGCCGCAAUGCAACGGCCGAGGUGCGUCUGCGCACCUUCCUGUCCCCAUGUGUGGAUGACUGCGGGCCCUACGGCCAGUGCAAGCUGCUCCGCACACACAACUACCUGUAUGCAGCCUGCGAGUGCAAGGCUGGGUGGCGGGGCUGGGGCUGCACCGACAGUGCCGAUGCGCUCACCUAUGGAUUCCAGCUGCUGUCCACACUCCUGCUCUGCCUGAGCAACCUCAUGUUCUUGCCACCCGUGAUCCUGGCCAUUCGGAGCGGAUAUGUGCUGGAAGCUGCUGUCUACACCUUCACCAUGUUCUUCUCCACGUUCUAUCAUGCCUGUGACCAGCCAGGCAUUGUGGUUUUCUGCAUCAUGGACUACGAUGUUCUGCAGUUCUGUGAUUUCCUGGGCUCCUUAAUGUCUGUGUGGGUUACUGUCAUUGCCAUGGCUCGUUUACAGCCCGUGGUCAAGCAGGUGCUGUAUUUGCUGGGGGCUAUGCUGCUGUCCAUGGCUCUGCAGCUCGACCGGCAUGGACUCUGGAACCUGCUUGGACCCAGUCUCUUUGCCCUGGGGAUCUUGGCAAUAGCCUGGACAGUACGCAGCGUCCGCCGCCGGCAUUGCUACCCACCCACAUGGCGCCGCUGGCUUUUCUACCUGUGCCCGGGCAGCCUUAUUGCAGGCAGUGCCAUCCUACUCUAUGCUUUUGUGGAGACCCAGGACAACUACUUCUACAUUCAUAGCAUUUGGCAUAUGCUCAUCGCUGGCAGUGUGGGCUUCUUGCUGCCCCCUCGUGCCAAGACUGACCACCGGGUUGCAUCUGGAGCCCGGGCUCGGGGCUGCGGUUACCAGCUAUGCAUCAAUGAGCAGGAGGAGCUGGGCCUUGUGGGCCCAGGAGGGGCCACUGUCAGUAGCAUCUGUGCCAGCUGAGAGGGGCUUUGGGCCUGGCCCUUGGGGGAUAUGAGCGCUUCCUAGUUUUCUUCCUGGGGGCAUGGAGCCCUCCCAGGGAUAAGAGACAGACUGUAUUUUUUGAGGACGUGGAGUCUUUCUCAAGGACAUAGAACUCUUCCAGGGACCUGAAGCCCUUCCAGGACAUGGAGAACUUCCCGAGGGGCUGGAGUCCUCCUGCAUCCAUGGAAUCCUUCUUAAGGACUAGAGCCUAUGCAGGGCACAGGGUCCCAUCAGGACCGAGGAGUCCCUCCUAGGGGUGUGGAGCUUUUCCCAGGGAUAUGGAGCCCUCCUAAAAACAUGGAUUGCUUCUCAGGGAGACAAAGCCCUGUUGGGAACAUGGAGUCAUUCUAGAGGAAAUGGAAUCCAUCUUGGGGAAAUUGAAUCUCCAGAUUAUCCCAUAGGCUCAGCAACUCUGGCCUCAGGCGUCCUUCCCAGAGCCAGUGUCUGGGCUGUGCUAUGCUGGGGAGGGCGGGUUGCAGAACAGAUGGAGCUGGGACAGGAGUUGCGGUGGCUGGUAUCCUGAGUCUAUGCAGGUGGAGUCUGGUGUGUCUCUAAUGAAAUAUGUGCUGGUUCA